UAAUUAUCGUGUAACUCAAUUUGUUUCCUUUUCUUGAAAAACAUUUAUAUAUUUUUGUGUGUUACGCCACUGCGUUUUAUUUAAGAGCAGAUGUUAGUGAUUAAUCCAGUAUAAUUUAAAAAAGUAGAGCAGUCAGACACGAACGAAUUUCGUCGCGCCUCGCCUGACUGUACCGAGACGUUUUUUACAAAUCGCGAUUUUUAUCUGAAAUUUACGAGCAGCCAGGUAAGCAACCAUUGCUCGGCUUUCGCAUCGGCCUGUGCAAUAAUCAAUCCACUAGUAGCAGAGCCUGUACGGUCCAUGAGUUUGAGAGAAAACAAUUAAUGUGUACAGUUAUAUUACGAGCGCGGUGUCGACAACAUGUCGAAAGGAUACGUUUCCUCUCUCGACGAUGAAGCCAGGCGUUAUGCUCGGGAUAACCUCAACGAGACCGAGGAGAAGAGAAGGGUGGCCUUGGGGGAGAUCAGGAAGUGGCUGGAGGAGGAAAAGCCGAAUCUGAACGCGCGUCUGGAGGACGAAUACAUCCUGCCGUUCCUCCGAGGAUGCAAGUUCAAUUUGGAGAAGACCAAGGCGAAAUUGAGGAACUACUAUACGAUGCGACGGGAUAGACCCGAGUGGUUUCGCAACAGGAAUCCUCUCCUACCAGAAAUACAAGAGCUAGUCAGGAAUGGAGUUUUCGUGCCUCUUCGGGAGAGAUUCGAAAACAGACUAGUCAUAAUAGUCCGCACGGCCUCGCACGACCCCAAGAGGCACAGCCAGGACGACGUCUUCAAGGCGGGCAAGAUGAUCCUGGACGUGGCCGCCCUGGAGGACGAGACCGUCCAAGUAUAUGGCGUCACCGCCAUCUUCGACCUCACAGGCGUCGGCGUGUUGCACUCCAAGAGUCUUACCCCGCAUAUGGUCAAAAAGACCGUAUUUGCCUGGCAGAACUACCACUGCAGACCCAAACAACUGGAGUUCAUCAAUGCUCCCGUGUUCGUGAACGUGAUGUUGAACAUUUUUAAGAGUUUCAUGACGGAGAAACUCAAGAAAAGGGUUGGGGUGCACUAUGGAGGGAGCGAAUCGCUGCACCAGGUCGUGGAUAAGAAAAUUCUGCCACCUGAGUACGGAGGGGAGGGGGAAAGCAUGGAGAGUUUGGUGGAGUAUUGGUGUGGAAAGUUGGUUAGCAGGCGAGAGUGGUUUGUGGAGGAUGAGCAGUACAAAGCGGAUUAAAAAUAGGUAGUUUAUUUAUUUAUAUUUUGUUUUUGUUCUAAGGAUUUACCAAUCAGUGGCUGUUGUGAAAGUAUUAUUACAAUUAUUAUUGUUACUUUGUACAUUGUGAAAACUUUGUUGGUGAAAGUAUUGCCAAAUAAAGUAUUCUUCAUGAUA